GCAAUUCCAUUGAUAGGAGUCUCUAUUGGAAAAAGCUAUAUUCAUUUCCAAACCGUUGAUGGUCUCAUUUAGUAUUCAGACACUACCGGAUACAUCUUAAAAAUUGGAAUUUGGAAUUUAAAGAAGAAAAAACUUUUCGUACAAUAGUGUGAAAAGUUUGUGUUUACUUAACAUUAUGGACGUGGUGAAACAAAGUUUUGGUGUCGGAAUGCAUCCCCCGUUAAACCCGGGGCACAUAUCGGGGCGCUACUCACCGCCUUACCGACCCCCGGAACGUAUGAGGUGCAUGACGUCAUCUUCGGGUAAUUUCUUCGGUGGGUUUGAAGAUGGGUUACUGGCUCGAGCCGAGGCAUUGGCCGCCGUAGAUAUAUCCAAGUCUCCUCAGCAUUCUAUGAAACAUGACGGUCUGUACGGACACACCGCCGGAGAACUUGGUAUGCACCAGUCCGGACCUUCUCGCCAACAAAUGCAAAUGCACGGGCCACCAUCAUUUGGUCCGCCGGACUCCAUGCUAGAUCAGUUGACAACAAACACCGGUAUGCCACUUCCUGGUAUGCCAGAUCAUCAUAAUAUGGCACCGGUCAGCUCGCACCACAACCAUCAUCAGAUGUACCCACCAAUGUACACACACCAUCAGAAUCCAAUGAACCACCCACAUCCACAUAAUAUGCCCCCACACCACCAGGUCCACCACUCUAUGCACGAUACCGAGUGCGAUCCCCGGGAGCUUGAGGCAUUUGCAGAAAGAUUCAAACAACGUAGAAUAAAGUUAGGAGUUACUCAGGCUGAUGUAGGAUCCGCGUUAGCAAAUCUUAAGCUACCAGGUGUCGGAUGUUUGAGUCAAAGUACAAUAUGUAGGUUCGAAUCUUUGACCUUAAGUCAUAAUAAUAUGAUCGCACUAAAACCAAUUUUGCAGACUUGGUUAGAAGAGGCCGAAAAGGCUGCACGCGAAAAGAAAGAAGCUGAACAAAAUGGACUGAUUUCCGCGGCAGAUAAAAAGAGAAAACGGACAUCUAUUGCAGCCCCAGAGAAACGUUCGCUUGAAGCUUAUUUCGCAGUGCAACCACGCCCUUCGGGUGAAAAAAUUGCUCAAAUUGCAGAAAAACUAGACUUGAAGAAAAAUGUGGUGCGUGUCUGGUUUUGUAAUCAGAGGCAAAAACAAAAGAGAAUGAAAUUUUCAGCUGUCACUGGACAUUAGAUCUUUCAUUUUUCUCUGGUGUGAGGAAAUAUAGAGAUAACACAUUGGAUAUUAAUAGUUUAACUAACGAAUUUUAUCGCGAGAUUUUAUUUAAAUUCAAAUUGAUGCAAUAAUCACCUUGUAAAUAGUUUUUCAUUACAAUGUAAAUAUGAACAAUCAAAUUAUUUUGUCAAAUUUUAUUUAUUUUGUUUUUAUGUGCAAUGGCUAGUGCAAUCAGCGUGAUUAGAAUUUUUGAACGUCACGUGAUAACUAUAACCACGUGUUAUAUACAUGUAUUUCCGGUUCACAAUAUUUGACAAAAGAUCGAUAAUGUAGGGAAAAGAUUUUUUGAUAGUCAAUUUGUUACAAUAUAAGUUUUUAAAGACAGAAUUCACACUUUGAACUGAGCAUUUUUUAUUUUGUAGAAAAACGAGGCGCUUUAAAUGACCCAUAUGUAUUUUUUUAUAAAGGUUAAACUGGCUCUUCAAAUACAAUGGAACAUAAAUAAUUUAUUUCGUGAAUAUGAAACAAAAAAUAUCGCGGUCCGUACUCUUAAUGCAUGGAAGAACGCAUGGGGUUUUUUUUAUUUUGUACAGUAAAUACACAAAAAAUAUACAACGGAUGAUUGCGUUUAAAAAAACGUUUCGAUUCAGUUAAAAAUGAAUUUUAGAACUCCAUUUACUAAAAAUUUCUUAAGAUACCGCAACAUAAAUAUAUUUAUUUACGUUAUUAAAUAACCGUUAUGAAAAUGACUUUAUUAUUUUUAUGUUUUCGAAAUCAAUUAUAUUCCUGAAAAUUCGUUUACUAUGAAAUAUUUAAACAAAAGUCUUGUAUCUAAUUAAAGGCAUCUUUAUGUCCGCGCAUGAAUUUAAAUCAGGGGCAAUAACUCUAGUCACUUUAUAUCCGACAUUCUACCUAUUUUUGUUGUUUUAUUUUUUGUAAAUGUAACGUAGUCACGUGCUGCUACAGAGUGUUGUUAUAUAAGUAUUAUUUUCUGCAAUACAUUUGAUGUAACAUACAAAA